UUCAGGCAUUUAAUUUUUAUGCUUUUAAUUUGAUAUACUUUCAGUUCCAUGCAGACUCUUAUUUUGACGUUUGUUAACUGAGUAAAAACAGGAAGUACUAGGAAUCCAUUUUAGAAAUGCAUUGGAAAACAGUUCAGACAGUCAUUUCUUCAGACAAAAUUCAUCCUGCCUGUUGAUUCCUCGGCAGAAGCAUCGCUUUUUCACUCUCUCAUUUCUCAUCACUCACCUCAUAUGUAUGGAUUCAGUACAAUGUGAAGAAAAUAAAUCUGCAUACAAAGAAUUUCGGAUUUCUUCAUGUUCAUGAAUAGAGAGAGUUUAGCUCACUGUUAAGUUGGAGUUGUUACACCCCAGUGAGAACAGUACAGUGAAAAAGCAUAAUCCAGCUGUAGUUUUCAACAUCACGAGAAGCAAGUAGAUAAGAUAAGCAAAAUGAGUAAAAUGGAAAUGACUGACAAUGCAUCCGCGCGCACAAGAAAAUCAAAGAGCUCUUUCUCAUCGGCCUCGAGUGCAGCAGUAAGGGCACGAGCAAAAGCAGAGGCGGCAAAGGCACGAGCAGCAUUUGCUGAGAAAGAAGCAGAGCUAAAGGUACAAAGGGCAGAGAAGGAAGCAGAGCUACAAUUAGGAAAAGCAAAGCUGGAAGCCGAACUAGGCGCACUUGAACUUCAAAGAGAGGCGGCUGCAGCUAUUGCCCAAGCCGAGGCAUUAGAAGCAGCCGAACUGGAUUUAGAAGGUUCAGUCAAGACUGAGGUAUCUUCUCAAGCAAAUUUACAAAAUGAAAUUGUAACACGCACUAAUGAAUAUGUGGAUGCACAAGCUGAACAUAACAUACCAGGAAAUCAAGCACCUGCCCAUGCAACAUUACCUGAGGCAACAUUGUCAGAAGGGAGUUACGUCACAUGGAAUCCUUCAACAGAACGUAAGUUAGUGGAUGGGCAAGAAGAGGUUGAAACACAUAACAGACCAUCUGAGUAUAACGCAGUGCUGACAAAGCCAUUCUUCGGCAACCAUGCUAAAUUAAGGGAUGUAACCCACAUCAGCACACCCCUUAAUGGAGGUCAUACAGGUCUGGGAAGAUAUGAUGGACAUUACACAGCACCCAUUAGAGACAAUGGACACCUGUCAAAACCCAAGGCAACAUAUCCUCACAAAUCACCACUUAAAGCAACAGCGCCAUCAUACACUCCUAUGUAUGCACCAUCCAACCCAAGAGUGACACCUGAAACGGAACACCUGGCACGAUACCUGGCUCGUCGUGAUUUAGUGAGUACAAGUCUCUACCGAUUCGAUGAUAAACCUGAGAAUUAUUUAGCAUGGCAGUCAUCAUUUAACAAUGCUACUUCAGGCUUAGGACUCACCUCCACUGAAAUGUUAGAUUUGCUGAUUAAAUGGCUUGGACCAGAGUCUGUGAAACACAUCAAAAGGAUUCGCUCUGUGCAUGUAGUGAACCCAGAUGUAGCACUUAAAAAGGCCUGGGAUCGCCUCCAAGAGUGCUACGCUGCGCCUGAAGUAAUGGAGAAAUCUCUUUUUAAGAGAUUGGAUGAAUUCCCAAGAAUAUCGACCAAAGAUUACGGCAAGCUCAGAGACUUAGGCGAUCUUCUUAUGGAAAUCCAGGGUGCCAGAGAAGAAGGGUACCUCACAGGAUUGGCCUACCUGGACACGGCCAGAGGCAUUGGGCCCAUCGUGGAAAAACUUCCUCACGGGCUACAGGAGAAAUGGCUCUCAGUUGGUUCCAAAUUUAAAGAAGAUAACAACGGCUACUUCCCCCCAUUCGAUUACUUUGCUGAUUUCAUCUGCGACGAAGCACGUCGGAGGAACGAUCCCAGUUUCAUCCUUUUACACACCAGCAACGAUGGACUGAUGUCAGACAAGGUAGUUUCAAAUAAAUAUGGAAGAAAAAUAUCCGUUCACAAGACAGAUAUCUCUUCAGGUAAAGACCCACCUGCGAACUCACCUGAGAGAAACUGCCCCAUUCACAACAAACCACAUUCACUAAGGAAAUGCAGAGUGUUUAGAGGGAAGACUCUUGAAGAAAGAAAGCGCAUUCUCAAGGAGAAUGGAAUUUGUUUCAAGUGCUGCAUAUCAGUUAAUCAUCUAGCAAGAGACUGUAAAGCAGCUGUAAAGUGCCUGGAGUGCGACAGCGAACGACAUCAUGCUGCUAUGCAUCCAGGUCCACCACCUCAAGUCUACAGAAGGCCUACGCCCCCACCCCCACCAGAUAAUGGCGGGGAGGAAAAGGAACAUGCUAGUGACAGCACAGCCAUCUCCUCACACUGCACCCAGGUAUGUGGUCCAGGUAGUACACCAAGAUCCUGCUCGAAGAUCUGUCUUGUACGAAUAUACCCUCAAGGUCAACGUGAAAAGGCAAUCAACAUGUAUGUUAUUUUGGAUGAUCAAAGUAACCGUUCUCUGGUGCGUUCAGAUUUCUUCGAGCUUUUCAACAUCAAGGGUCAACCAUUUCCUUACGCACUGAGGACCUGUGCCGGAUUGAUUGAGACUGCAGGAAGAAAGGCAGAGGGUUUCCAGGUCGAAUCGCUUGAUGGGCAGACUAGCCUCUUGCUACCACCGCUAAUUGAGUGUAAUGACUUUAUCAUUGAUCGCUCUGAAAUACCAACACCCGAUGCAGCCCGUCAUCAUCCACACCUACGAAGUGUGGCAGGACACAUACCAAAACUUGACCCCAAAGCGGAAAUCCUCGUCUUGCUAGGCAGAGACAUUGUGAGAGUACAUAAAGUUCGACAGCAAGUGAGUGGACCUCACAACGCCCCCUUUGCUCAAAGGCUGGAUUUGGGAUGGGUCUUGGUAGGAGACGUGUGCCUGGGUAAUGCACACAAACCAGCUGUGAAUGCAUUCAAGACAAGUGUGCUAGAGAAUGGCCGACCCUCUAUUCUAAGACCAUGUAAAGGCUUCAUGAAGCUGACUGAAGAUGAGUCCCAUGGCAACGAGCAAAAAAAUGAACCUCACAGGGCAUCGUUUGAGGCCCUUGGACUACAUGUCUUCAGCGAAACUGAGUCCGACAAUAAACCCGCCCAGUCCAUGGAAGACACAAUCUUUUUGGAAAUCAUGGACCAAGAAAUGUAUAGAGACACAUCAAACAACUGGGUUGCUCCGCUCCCCUUUAGAGAUCCUCGUCAACGCUUGUCCAACAAUCGGGAACAGGUGUUCACUCGCUUCUCCUCCCUCGAGAAAACACUGCUGAGAAAAACUGAGAUGAGAGACCAGUUUCUAGAAUUCAUGAAAAAAAUAUUUAACAACAGACAAGCAGAAGUGGCUCCUACACUGGAGGAGAAUGAAGAGUGUUGGUACCUGCCUAUUUUCGGAGUCUUCCACCCUCAAAAGCCGGGAAGCAUCCGUGUGGUGUUUGACUCCAGCGCAAAGUACUUUGGCACAUCUCUAAAUAGUGUUCUUCUGUCAGGACCAGACCUCAAUAACUCACUCAUUGGGGUGCUGAUCCGCUUCCGCAAGGAAAAGGUAGCAGUGAUUGCUGACAUACAACAGAUGUUCCACUGCUUUCUUGUCCGCAGAGACCAUAGGGACUACCUGAGGUUUUUGUGGUACAGAGACAAUGACAUGAGUAAGGACAUUAUCGACUACAGGAUGAGGGUCCAUGUUUUCGGCAACAGUCCGUCGCCCUCCGUUGCCAUCUACGGGCUAAGAAGAGCCAUCCAUGAAGGUGCACACAAGUACAGAGAAGACACGGUUCAGUUUGUUGAACGUAAUUUUUAGGUAGAUGAUGGGC